GAAUCAUUUAAUGCGACACACACGAUUAAGGACUGCAGUCAGUGUACGAAUCACCUCUCAUUGUUUACAUUUCGAAACGCUGUCUUUCCUUGGUUUUUGGGGUUGUCACUGACACAGGAUCAAACCUAACCCCGCAAUGAGGACAAAUAUCGCUAAUACAGUUUGAAGAAACCCCCCCGAGGUAAUAUCGAGCAGCCAAGCGACGACUAGCCCUGUGUGCUAACUUACCCAGCUCCAUCUUUAUCGUAUCGCCCGGUGCUUCAGAAAUGGCAAGUUAGUCUUCGCGAGUUUUCGUCCUGCUUGGAUGUCAAGAGCAAACAGAUGAGUGAGGGGAAAUAGCGCCGAGUGAGCCUAAAGGCCAGACUCAACCUUCGCUUGAGGAAUAUCGCAGGGUGCACAAUGUUUGGUGUGCCUCAAAGCUCCAAGUCCGAGUUCCUGGACAAAGCCAGGCAGGCCAGGGAGGAGAGGAAGGGGCAUAAGGAGAAGGAGAGAGCAGCAACCCAGAUCCAAGCUCUGGUCAGGAGGUUCCUCUGUCGAUGCAAACUCCAGAAGCAACUAAGGACAGAGGUUGAUAACUAUUUUCAAGCCUCUGAAACUGGAACAUCAAAAAGAAAUGCACUUUCACUUUUUAAAAAUGCUCGGAAAUUACUGUUCAUAUAUUGCCAAGAGGAUAAGAUGAGGUUUGAGAAGCUUUGUCGUGCCAUUCUGGCCAGCAUGGAGGUUGAAAAUGAACCUAAAGUCUGGUAUGUGUCACUGGCCCUUUCCAAAGACCUUACAAUUCCCUGGCUCAAGCAGGUAAAAGAUGUCCUGUGGGUCUGCUGUCAGCUACUGAAAAAUUUAAAGCCUGACAUACUACAGGACAAUAAAAUGAUAACGCUGUACCUCACUAUGCUGGUGACCUUCACAGACACCUCAACCUGGAAGAUAGUGCGAGGGAAGGGAGAAGCUCUCAGACCUGCUCUGAUGAGGAUGUGUGAAAAUAUCAUGGGGCAUCUCAAUCAGAAGGGGUUUUAUUCAAUGCUUCAGAUUUUGCUAACCAAUGGCUUGGCACGGUCUAAACCAUCUCUGUCUAAAGGCACUCUAACAGCUAUCUUCACUUUGUCACUAAGGCCGGUUAUUGCUGCUCACUUCUCUGAUAACCUGCUGAGAUCGUUCCUCAUCCACAUCAUGUCAGUUCCAGCUGUCGUUCAUCACCUCAAUGUGCUUACACCAGAGUGUAUGGCAUCAAUCCAGACGCAUGACCUCCUGAGGAAGUUCAUUUUAUUUCUCAGCCGAGAAGAACAAUGUUCAGACAUCUGUGUGUGUUUAGAGGGCAGCCAUACUCUCUGCUUACUUGGCAAUCUGAUUCACUUGGGUUUCCUUAAUGAGAAAGUCCUUGAAGAGGAGGCCGGCCAUUUUGUGAAGGACCUUACUGACAUGCUGUCAUACUGCCAGAGAUAUGUAUCCCAAAAGAAGUCUAACCUUACCCACUGGCACCCUGUCCUGGGCUGGUUCUCCCAAACUGUUGAUUACGGCCUGAAUGAGUCAAUGCCAUUGGUCACUAAACAGCUUCAGUACCUGUGGGGUGUUUCUAUCAUUCGAACACUUUUCAGCGAUGUCCUCUCUAAAAAGCUAGAGAGUCAAGAGCCCACCCCUCCACCUGCACAGCCUAGUACAUCACAGAAUAAUCUACCAGUUAAAAACCUCUUCAAGCGAGCGUUUCAGAAGUCAGCCUCUGUGAGAAACAUCCUGAAACCAGUAGGAGGGAAGCGAGUGGACUCAGCUGAGGUUCAGAAGGUGUGCAGCAUCUGUGUGCUCUACCAGACUGCUCUGUCUACACUGACACAAAUACGCCUCCAGAUACUCACAGGUUUGACACAUCUCGAUGACCUUUUGCCUAAAUUAUGGGCCUUCAUCUGUGAGCUCGGUCCUCAGGGAGGCCUCAAACUCUUCAUGGAAUGUCUGAACAACGACACGGAAGAGUCCAAGCAGCUUUUGUCCAUGCUCAUGCUGUUUUGUGACUGCUCACGGCAUCUCAUCACGAUUCUUGACGACAUCGAGGUCUAUGAAGAACAAACAUCUUUCAAGAUAGAGGAACUCAUCACUAUCUCAUCCUUUCUGAACACAUUUGUGUACAAGAUGAUAUGGGAUGGUAUCUUAGAAAAUGCUAAGGGAGAGAAACUGGAGUUGUUCCACAGUGUUCACGGCUGGCUGAUGGCGCUUUACGAACGAGACUGCAGGCGAAAGUUCACCCCUGAUGACCACUGGCUACGCAAGGACCUAAAACCCAGUCUGUUGUUCCAAGAGCUCGAGAAAGGAAAGAGACGAGCCCAGCUUUUAUUGCAAUACAUCCCACAUGUCAUUCCACAUAAAAACAGGGUGCUUCUGUUCAGGAACAUUGUAACAAAGGAAAAGGAGAAUUUAGGAUUGGUUGAAACAAGCUCCGCUUCACCACAUGUCACACAUAUUACCAUUCGACGCUCACGCAUGUUGGAGGAUGGAUAUGACCAGCUCCGUCGGCUACCAGUGAAUUCCAUAAAAGGAGUCAUUCGUGUGAAGUUUGUCAAUGAUCUGGGAGUGGACGAGGCUGGUAUCGACCAGGACGGUGUCUUCAAAGAGUUUCUGGAGGAGAUAAUCAAGAAAGUGUUCAAUCCUGCACUCAACCUGUUCAAGACGACAAGUGGAAAUGAAAGGCUGUAUCCUUCGCCUACGUCUUAUAUCCACGAGAACCAUUUGCAGCUGUUUGAGUUUGUGGGAAAGAUGCUCGGGAAAGCCGUCUAUGAGGGCAUUGUUGUGGAUGUCCCGUUCGCCUCCUUCUUCCUCAGUCAAGUCUUGGGUCACCACCAUAGCACUUUCUACAGUUCCAUUGAUGAGCUUCCUUCUCUGGACUCUGAGUUUUAUAAGAACCUCACUUCCAUCAAGCGCUAUGAUGGAGACGUAGGGGAUCUGGGACUGACGUUAUCCUAUGAUGAAGACGUCAUGGGGCAGCUUGUUUGUCAUGAGCUGAUACCUGGGGGGAAAACCAUGCCAGUCACCAAUGAAAACAAGAUCAGCUACAUCCACCUCAUGGCUCACUUCCGUAUGCACACGCAGAUCAAAGAGCAAACGGCAGCUUUCAUCCGAGGUUUCCGCUGCAUAAUUAACCCAGAGUGGCUGCACGUGUUUUCCACACCCGAGGUUCAACGCCUUGUCUCAGGAGACAAUGCUGAGAUUGAUCUCGAUGACCUCAAGAAACACACCGUCUACUACGGAGGAUUUCAUAGCAGCCAUCGUGUCAUCAUCUGGCUGUGGGACAUCCUGUCCAGUGACUUUAAUGCUGAAGAGAGGGCUAUGUUCCUUAAAUUUGUUACGAGCUGUUCAAGGCCACCUCUUCUAGGUUUUGCCUACCUCAAACCACCUUUCUCCAUCCGUUGUGUGGAAGUUUCAGACGAUCAGGACACUGGAGACACUCUUGGCAGUGUUCUACGGGGCUUUUUCACCAUCCGCAAAAAGGAACCUGGGGGUCGACUUCCCACCUCAUCAACGUGCUUCAACCUGCUCAAACUGCCCAACUACAGCAAGAAGAGCAUCCUGCGCGACAAGCUACGCUACGCUAUCAGUAUGAAUACAGGCUUUGAAUUGUCCUAAGUCGGUUGCAUCAGGACAGUCUGCACUCUUCAAUCUGGCUUGUGUUAUACAGCCUGAAACAGGCUUGAGGCUCAGCUUACCGGGAUUGUAGCCUUUCUUUUCAAAGGGACGUCACCGAAACAAAAGGGGAAUCAUGAAGGACCCACAAAGUCUUCUUUUGUCUCUUAAAAAACUGGAUGAGCUCAGCUCCACCACAGCUCUCUUCUGUCCAUAAGGGGAUGCUGUGUCUGCAGCACAAUCCAAUUUAAGCAUCUCCCUCUCCGCCACUCCAAUAAUCCAAUAUGAUGUGUAUUCAAUUUGGUGAAAUACAGACACACAGUGGCUAGAUCUCUGUUUCUCAGGCUUAACAGAAUCAUUCUUGGAUCUAACACUCCCAUUUUAAGUGAACUGGAAAGCAAUACAGAUGCAAUGCAAGCCAUUAGACACGUGGUCGACUCACCCGAGUGGAACCAAGUGAUGUAUUGUGAAUAUACUUAAAUGUAUUGGACCCCGCUGAUGUCGGGUGAGUCUUAAAAACACAAUGUGUCUUUUAUAAUUAUGGUCAGAGACAAAUCGUCGUCACGUGUUCAACCUCUGCGAAGGAGGAGUGGCACACAACUGCAAUCAUGCGUCGGUUAUAGAAUGUCCCAUUUCAAAGGAGAUGACAUCAUUCCAUUUCUCCCCACCUAAAGACACUUCAGUCAACUAUGAGAAAUGGUAACCUGCUUGUUUCUAUGUUCUCAUAUUGUAUGAAAACUUAACAUCUGCCUCAAUCGUGGAUAAGCAGCGAACCUCUUGACAUGAGAUUAAAAAAGAAAACUGAUUAACGGCUGCUGUUUGAUCCAGAAUAGAUUUUCUGGAACUGGAAAUAUUUAGUUUCUGCCCAGUAGAGCAGACAAGUGUUCAUUAUGUCAUAUAAUUGACCUACACUCCAAAAAAAACAAAGAAGAGUAAAGUGAAGUAAUUAUGCUAGUCUUUGUACCUAAUGUAAAGAAGUUUUUGUCACUACACCUUUCAAUAAUACUGAGUGCCUCAUGUAUUGCCGUCCCCCUCCACUAUGACACCUGGCUGUGUUUCAGCUCUAACCAGUAACCAUGUGUAUAUUGGAAACAAGCCAUAGACACAGGAGAUAAUGCUCUGCUCCUACCAACCCCACGCAGAAAUCCAACCACUGUACUACCACUGCAACAGCAACAUCAACCGAGGAGGGCUCGAUGCCACGCUCUCCUAACUCUGUGGACUUUGUAAGCCAUGCUGAAAAGAAAUGGAGGUGUGAAAACAUCUCACCAUGAUGUCAUGGACUGGUUCAACAAACCAAAUGUGACUGUUUGAUUUGAUGUUCCCUUUAGAUGAAAAUCUUGCACAUGUUUCUGCUGUUUGUAGCCGUGGGGGAAAAGGAACAGGAGGGUGAAUGUUACCUUGUAGUGAGCUGAAAUAACACUUAACACAGGGUUCAUGAAGAGACUUUUUAAACAUUAAAAAACAGAAAGUCAACUGUGACUUUAAAAAAACAAAAAAACAAAGAAGACACACUUUUAAAUGAGAAUAUCAAAGCUUUUAACACAAAAAACAAUAAAAAAAAUCCUUUAUUAUGCAAAUGUCCUCUGUCAUGAGUGAGAAUUAACACUACUAUCAACAAAUAAGACAAGUCAUCAACAUAAAUAAAAAGACAUUGUCGCCGUCUUUCUAAUGAGUGGUAAAAUAAUGUUAUAACAAUAUUAAAAUUUCAUAACCAAGACAACUGGUUGUAUUGACUUCCUGCAGUCUACUAACGAGAUUUUUCAAAUCUGACAAAUCAGGAGGAUCUUGCUUCAAACUCUCAUUUCAAUCUAGUAAAUCAAAAAAGUGAAAAUGCUGCAAAUUCAUUUGGAGGAAACUAUACUGUGUGUGUGUGUGCGUGUGUUGGUGCGUCAGAGCGUGCAAGCUCGUGUUUGUCGUCCGAUGAGGUCGCUCAUCUGUUUUUUAAAUGAUGUCAAGAGUAAGCUACACUUCAAAUGUACCAGUGUUGACUGCUGACGGUGAUUUUGGUCUUUGGUCAUUGACCACUGUUACAACAGAUGAUGACAACAAUGACAAUAAAUGGUCUUGGAAAAUGUUUGUCACCCUGUGAAAGAUUUCAUCUCCUCUUUAAAAAUGUGUCUUUGAUACCGGCUGCUCUACACUAGUGUCAUAAAAGAGGCAAUCAAAGUGUACGUGUCCAUGUGUUUAUGCUUCCUCCUCUAAUGUCACCAACACAACAUCCCCAGCACUGCUCUUGCUCAGCGUCACCAUAUUAAUUCAACGGUCAACAAGUGUUUAAACUUUGUCAAGACUCGUUUCAAGCAUUUCAACUGCACUGCACCACAAAACAAAAUGUGGAACAAAAUGACAAAAGAGAACACUUUUUAAAUGCUAAAUGUAUUUAUACAAAAUAUACAGGAAGUCCCCAGCAAAUGAAGGAAAACACACCAUCUUUCAGAUUUCAUGUGUAAUGUUUGUGUCUCGCAUGUAUCCUUCAAAAUUCCCAAAAAUAAAGACACAUGAAAUGCAA